AUACGAUCAUAGGCAUGGUAAUCAAAAAGUUUAUGUCAUGAUGAUCUCAGAAAAUUCCAAAGAUUUAGAAUUCUUAAGAACAAUAGGUACUGGAACAUUUGGUCGUGUAUUAUUGGUGUCCGAAAAAUCAUCUGAAAAUUUUUAUGCAAUGAAAAUUUUAAAGAUAUUUGAUGUUUGCAGACUAAACCAAAUUGAGCAUAUAAAAAAUGAAAAAAAUAUCUUAUUAGAAAAUAAACACCCAUUCAUCGUACACUUAUAUUGGACAAAUCAUGAUAAUUCGUUUUUAUAUAUGUUGAUGGAAUUUUUGAGCGGUGGAGAAUUAUUUACCUAUUUGCGAUCUAAGGGACAUUUUGACAAAUAUACAGCUAUUUUUUAUGCUUCAGAAAUAAUAUUAGCUUUAGAAUUUUUACACUCACAUAAUGCUGUGUAUAGAGAUCUUAAACCUGAAAAUUUAUUACUUGACAAAGAUGGACAUCUUAAACUUACAGAUUUUGGGUUUGCUAAAAAACUUGACGAUAGUCGGACAUGGACACUCUGUGGUACACCAGAAUAUUUAGCACCAGAAAUUAUUCAAAGUAAAGGGCAUAACAAAGGUGUUGACUGGUGGGCUCUUGGAAUUCUUAUAUAUGAGAUGAUUAUAGGAUACCCACCAUUUUAUGAUACGACUUCAUAUGGGAUCUAUGAAAAAAUUAUGAUUGGAAAAAUUGAUUGGCAAAAAAAUGUUGAUUUGGUUGCCAAAGAUCUAAUUAAAAAAUUAUUAGUGCAUGAUCGAACUAAAAGACUUGGAAAUAUGAAAAAUGGGGCCAACGAUGUAAAAUUACACAAAUGGUUUAAAGGUAUUGAUUGGAUUGAUGUUUUUUCAAAAAAAAUUGAACCUCCCAUUAUACCCAUGGUUUCAUUUAAUGGUGAUUGUCAAAAUUUCGAAGAAUAUAUUGACGAUGAAUCCUUUUUUAAAGAAGCACCCAAUGUUUCAAAUGAUCAAAGAAAUCUUUUUAAAGAUUUUUAAUGGAUAAAUUCGACCAAGGCUACUUUUAUAUUUUAUUAAUAGUGCAAUAUUUGUUUUCAUUUUAUUUUUAUUUAUUUUAAAGUUGAG